AUGUCAGUUUGGUGUCCGAUUUGCAACGAAUUGAAAGCAUGUGAAGAGGCGGUUCAAGUGGGUUUUCCGGUGGGGUUCUCAUGAAUAUUGGGUGCUCAUCAGUUGAUUCCCUGUCUGCACACAUUCUGCCAAGGAUGUCUGAAGGAGGCGACGAAGCAGACGAAAGUGUGUCCGGUGGCGCACUGCUACUCGAGUCUUUCGGCUCCCGACACAAUCACGAGCACUUGCGAGGUGGGGAUCAUCGGAGAGAAAGAGAGAGAGAGAGAGAGAAAAGGAGAUUACAGGGAGAGAACUGCCAGCGGAAAGUGUCGGCGAACUCGGAAAUUCUGAGGACUGCGUGCCACCACGACAUCUGCCAACACUGCUAUGACGUGGCGAGCAGAAAGUGAGAGAGAGAGAGAGAGAGACUAUUCUCAAGGUAUGGGGAGCAACAAUUCCAGACAAUUUCAGAGACAAGAUGAUGUGCCCGGCGGCCGGAUGCGCCGAAUCGAUGAUCGACGAGGAGGACACGACGUGCGACGGGCCCUGCAAACAGCCGUUGGCGCCCGAUAAGACCAUCGUUCUGCCCUGUUGUGGGGUUGGAAGCACAUAAAAUUGGAGUGAGAGUGAGGGAAAGUUUAUAGGCGAAAAUGUGCGAUGAAUGUGGUCCGAAAUGGACGGGCGGGCGCGACUUUUGUGAAGUCGGAAAGUGCGUCAUCAAGGAUUCGGCGAGACGGAAAAAGGCGCCGGAUACGGUAUUUAGAGAGAUCAGACGACUAUAAAAAGGGUAUUGUAGGCCCGUCAACCGUGUUCCGGAAGCACAAACUGCGAGGGGGAAGUGCUGAGAAACUUUCCGUCAGAGUUCGAAUGCGAGCACGAAGUGUGUCUCUCGUGCAUCGGAGCCAUGCUGGACGAGUGCGAGAAGAGCGGCAAGGCGCCGGUUUGUCCGUCGAAGACGUGCGGACUCCCGUACCGAUGCGAAAGUGUGCUCGCUCUGGCUGCUCAGUUCCCCGAACGCAAGGCCUAUUUCUCGAAAUUCACCCUUCAGGCCAAGUUCUCAAUGCAAACAUUGAGGGACGACGCCGUUUCGGUAAGAAAAAACAUUCGGACACAUUCGGGCAAUCCUUCAUAUUCAGAAUGUUCUUCACGGAACGCCGGCCACAAUGAUGGGACAGAAAUUCAUUCUCAAGGUUUGACCCACACAAGUGGGCGGAACCCGCGAUGGAAUAGGAAACUGGGAAGCAAGAAAGCUUUUCAGAUUGGACAGUGUGAAGAAGAUGAUGGUGGGAUGCCGAUGGAAUUCGUCAAAGAAGGCAGUCUGGGGGAUCUGAUCCGAGAAACUCGCAGAGUUCUGAAGAUUCUGGCCACUGACAAGGUGGAUUUCAUAUACCCUUCUGGGCGAAAUCAAGGCAUCCUUUCAGAUUUACGGAUAUUACCGUGUUGAUGAGACCAAGAAGGCGAAGCUGGAAGUGAGCCAGAAGACGAUUCGCUCUUCCUGUGCAACGUUGGGUAUCAAUGAGGUCUUGGAAAGUGCUUUUUCUGGCCCAAUAAUGUUUCUAAUUUUAUUUCAGAACACCACAAUUCUCGUUGAUACAUCUGGAAUUGUCGCAAGAAACAAAAAGCAAUAG